AGCUUAUUUAGAAAAUAAAAUAUUUUUCAACCCCCCCGCUAUCCGGGGGUGAUUUCCUUUUCCAUGCAAAACUCGUACAGCGCAGGCCCGUACAAAAUGGCGUCCCCUAGAUAUGAAGUUUAUACUAUUCACACAUCUCAUUUUUCGAUCGAUAAUAAUGGUGGAUUUGGAUCUUUAGAGGUCUCUUGUGCUCUUCGAAGAUUUUGUGAUUACGUCGUUCGCCCGAGUGUAAAAUAUCCUAAAAGUGUUGUUUCGGAUUUGUUACAUCACAGCAAGUUUGCAGAGCUUCUAAUAGGAUUGCAAAAUGUCUUUCAAAUCACGCAGGUCCUAAGCCGAGUCCAUAAACUUUUUGAGUGAACGGGCUAAGCGUGUGAGGCACGCGUCGACACAGUGGCGGCCAACCAGAUGGUACUGGAGGUGUCCCGGGACGAGGAGGGGGACGAGGACUUCGGCAUGAUGACCUCCGCCGUCAGCACCGAGUCCAUGGACAUGAAUGAGGAGGACAUGUCCCAAGUGGAGGGCUGCGGCCUCAACAGCGGGUCGGACGACGACGACGACUGCGCGUCGUCGCCGGCCGGCUCCACGUACGACGACAGCGGCGACGUGCGCGCCAUGAGCGAUGACGUCACCAAGCAGUUGGCCGCUGCAGGCAUGGCCGCGGCGGCCGCCAUCGCGUCGUCCAAGAAGCGCAAGCGCCCGCACUCCUUCGAGACCAACCCAUCCGUGCGCAAGCGACACCAGAACAGACUGCUCAGGAAGCUCAGACAAACAAUAGAAGAGUUCGCGACCCGCGUGGGCCAACAAGCCGUAGUACUCGUCGCCACGCCGGGCAAGCCCAACACCUCGUACCGCGUGUUCGGGGCCAAGCCGCUGGAGGACGUGGUGAGGAACCUGCGCUGCAUGAUCAUGGAGGAGCUGGAGAACGCGCUGGCGCAGCAGUUCGGUCUGGGCGGUGGCCCGCAGGCGCCGGCGCCGCCUCAAGACGACCCGAGCCUGUUCGAGCUGCCGCCGCUCAUCAUCGACGGCAUCCCCACGCCCGUCGAGAAGAUGACCCAGGCGCAGCUCAGGGCGUUUAUACCGCUCAUGCUCAAGUAUUCUAUGGUGCGCGGCAAGCCGGGCUGGGGCCGCGAGUCGACGCGGCCGCCGUGGUGGCCCAAGGACCUGCCGUGGGCCAACGUGCGCAUGGACGCCAGGUCUGAUGAUGAGAAACAAAAGAUGUCAUGGACGCACGCGCUGCGGCAGAUCGUGAUCAACUGCUACAAGUACCACGGGCGCGAGGACCUGCUGCCCGCCUUCAGCGAGGACGAGGAGAAGGGCCCGCAGACCGCCACCGUGGGCGAUGUCGCGGCGUGCAUGGGCGCGGCGGGCGGGCGUGCGGGGCAGGCGCAGCCCGCGCUCGCGCAGCAAGUGUGCCUCGACCAGAUGACGCUCGCCGAUGUCGAUAUGUCGCAGUACGCGCCGGCGAUGCUGCAGACCAUCACGAACCCCGACGGCACGGUGUCGCUCAUCCAGGUGGACCCCAACAACCCCAUCAUCACGCUGCCCGACGGGACCACGGCGCAAGUUAUCCACACGGGCGAGGGCGGCGCGAUGGUGCAGCACCUCGAGACGGCGGACGGGCAGACGGUCACCGUCGACCUCAACUCCAUCUCCGAGGCCACGCUCAACCACGAGGGGCAGAUCAUACUCACGGGAGAAGAUGGGCACGGCUACCCAGUGUCCGUGUCCGGCGUGAUCACAGUCCCCGUCUCCGCGUCCGUGUACCAGAGCAUGGUGGCGCAGAUGCAGCAGCAGGACGGCGUGUGCGUGGCGCCGCUCGUGCAGGUGGAACAGAACGGCGAAGGGCUCGAGGCACUGUCGAUGGGCGGCGGCGUGGCGCAAGUGAUGCUGCAGGGCGGCGGCGAUGCGCAGGUGUUGCAAGUGCUGUCGCUGAAGGACGCCAGUGUUGUUACUAAGGCUAUGCAAGUGAAGUCGGAGCGAGACGCGGUGGUGACAGACUCCUAGCUGCUGACCCUGGUGGCCUCGUCGCCACCGCCGGGCGCGGCCCCGGACUGCCCCGAGCUCCUCGCGGACCAGCCGGACUCCUAGACCAUAGACUACACUAGCCACCGGACAUCCGGCCUAUAGACAAUCCUAGAACUAACUAUAGACGCGAAAAUGCGGAAGGAAAUAGGAAUCUAAAUGGCGGAUUAAGAGGACAACACUAGCCACGCAACCUCCUUGGGGACAUCCGGCCUAUAGAUAAUCCUAGAAUAAAAGUGUGAAAUAGCGCGGGAAGGAAAUAGGAUGAAUCAAACUGGCGGAUGAAGAAUAGACAACACUAGCCACGCAACCUCCUUGGGUACAUCCGGCCUAUAGACAAUCCUAGAAUUUACUAUAGACUCGAAAAUUUGGGAAGGAAAUAGGAGUCAAAAUGGCGGUGAAUGGAGAAAAUGCAGGUAGCUUUAUGGGUAACGGUAACGGUAUGGUUUGAUGAUGGAAUUAGGAAGUACCGUAGAUUAAUUAUAGUCAAAUUGAAUGUCCAUAAAAUGGUUUUGAAUGCAGUUUACUGAUGAAUUGUGAUGUGUGAUAUGUGGACAUGAUUUGAUGUAGGACGAAUUGCAUCGGUUUUCCGAUUGAGAAGUUAGUUCUACGACAUAAUUUAUAUGAAUUAGAAUAAAGAACAACUCCAAAUAUGGCACAGGCGAAUAAAAUUUAAGUCAAAAAAGAGCAGUUUGCGUCAGUAAUUUUCAGUUAAAUGGCUCUUUGGCGUUUGGAGUUGUUCGAUUCUGAUUUGAAAAAGUAUUUAUUUCUAAUUUAUUUUACAUUGUUUUCUAUUUAUUGGUGACUGUGUGUACAGUUGUGCAAUAUUUUUAAAAUGCAUAAAUUAUGCAUUCAGAUUUAUUUAAAAACAUUCCUUUAUUUUUUAAGAACUAUUUAUUUUAGAAUGUUUGUUAAUUUAAUUCGUUAUGUUUAAUUUUAUAUAAGACAUGAUUUAUUUUGUUGCCCCCUAUUUUUUGACUUCUAGUCUUUACGAGUCCUAAUGAAAUUGUCUAGUCUCUUUAGUACUUAAAUAAUUUAUUUUAAUUUAAUUAACUUAUAAUAAACGGCUUUCUAGCGUAAUUCUUAAAUUGUACAGACGGAAGUUCGGAAUAUUUGAAACAAUUUACUAGUUAAUGUUGUUACGAGUGUAAAAUCCGCUACAGACCAAUCUAUUUGCCAAUUAAACUAUAUAAAAUGUAUAUUAACUAAGCUAAUUAAAGUAAUAUGCUGUUAUAUCGUCAAAUACUAAUAAUUCUAGCUGAUAGAAUAUGUCUAUGAUCUCGAUAUUACCAGUGGUCUGAAGCGGGUUGGAUUCUGCGCAGGGUUACAGUACAGUACUAACUAAUUAUACUUAUAACUAUUCUAUUAGAUAUUUUAAAUUUUAUGCGUAACGGUGCAUCCGAUCAUUACUGUAAAAUAAGCUUUUAGAUUCAGAAUUUCCGUCAGUUUGGUAUAAUAAAUUUUCGAUUCGAAAUAUUAUAGGCCUAUACUAUAGGUACGAACGAUACACGUUUAACGUUAGAAUACUACUAUAGAAUAUUGUAAAUUAAGACAAACUAGUCAUUAAGUAGUUGUUAUAGAGUACAAAACCCUGACUCUGUUUUUAUUUUUUGUAAAAGACAGAAGACAAUUCGAAGAAUAUGCUUUAUUUACGUCCGUAUCGAUUUUUAUACAGAUUAUUAUUUUAUUUAUUGUAACUACUCGAAAUUGUUCAAUAUCCCUUUGUAUCGUGUUUUGUCUGAUGUGUGUAGUAAAGACUAAAGCACAAUUUAAGUACAUACAAUGGUUUGUGAAUGUAAAUAUUUGUAUGGAUCGGUGUGAAUAAUGCAAUCAUUAAAGUAUUUACUUAAG